UUUAGGUGUCUUUCUUAUGAUACAGCUACAAAUCGUACUCAUUAUAUAACUUCCGAAUCUCCACCAUUGUCGUUUAGUACUGACUCCAAAGUUUAUGAAUGGGAUGAUCAAUCUGCUCAAUAUAAUCCAAAUUUACUAGACGACCCAGAACUUAUUGCUGGAAAACACAGAACGCUAUUGACGUUUACAUCUUAUAUGGCAUCUGUUAUUGAUUAUGUAAGACCUUCUGAUUUGAAAAAAGAACUAAAUGACAAAUUCAAAGAAAAGUUUCCUCAUAUUCAACUUACUCUUAGUAAACUUCGUAGCUUAAAGCGAGAGAUGAGAAAAAUAGCAAAGCUAGAAUAUGGCAUUGAUUUACUUACUGUUGCAAUGGCCUACGUAUACUUUGAAAAACUAAUCCUUCGAAACAUUGUGACAAAGCAAACACGGAAGUUGUGUGCUGGCGCUUGUUUACUUCUUGCAGCAAAAUUGAAUGAUGUGAAGGGUGAUAUUCUUAAGUCGCUCAUUGAGAGAAUUGAAGGUGUAUUCCGUUUAAAUCGCAAAGAUCUAAUUACAUCUGAGUUUGCUGUGCUAGUAGCUUUAGAAUUUGGUUUACAUUUGCCAACCUGGGAAAUAUUUCCGCAUUAUCAGCGACUGAUUUAUGAAUCCUGACAUUCCUUUGUAUCUUUCUUUCACGUAGUCUCGAGACUUCGCGAGGAAAUGUCAGAGUAAAGCAUAUCUAUAAUAAAUGUAAUCUUAAAUAUGUGAAAGCCAUAUCGCGAUAUAGUUCAAAGGAUUGUAUUAUAUAUAGAAAUUAUUUCUUUUUAUUAUUUUUAUCUAGUUUGUCUACAUAUACAACAAUACUUUGAUGUGAUGUGCUAUCUGGAAUAAUUACGCUUGAAAUUACGACUAUAAACUCUUUAUCUUAAUUAAUAAUUUUUCUGGAAGUUACCAAUAUAUAGUUAUUGCAGCACCUCGUAAAUAUUUUGUUAUUUGAACUAUUUUUUAUUGCUUAUUUUAAUAUUAGAAGUUAAAUUAAAAGUUUAUGCUAAAACCUGACAAGGGGAGCACCAGAAGUGGUUAUCGUGAAAUUCGAUGCCAAUUUUUUUGGUAGUUCUAUAGGUCAAAAAAGUUGUUCCGUGUUCGGCUGUUUGUUCCAACCUUAGUUUUUAAGUUUUUAAUUUUGAAAAAACACGGCUUUCUUAGGUGCACCGGAAAAGUCGUUCCGUUAAGUCUAUUUAUAAGCAGCUUCGAGUGAUUCAAUGAGUUAGGUGCUUGCAUUGUAAUUCGAGGCAUGCGGGUUCUAAUCCUGCAAUCAAUAACU